CUUUCGUUUCAUCACUUGUAUGACAGUGACCGACCGCAAUGAUGUCGGCGAAUAUUCUGCGCGGAUUAAGAGCGUGUGCAGUGUCUCAGUCAUCCAGGCGGAGUCUACUGACGGUACCGGGAUAUGAAGCUUGUUUUAGCGGAUGCCGGUUAAGACAGUUCCCCGGUGUCGGUGGUCCGCUGCUCGACUUGAAUCUGAAGGUGACGUCCCAGCAUCCUCCAUCAUCGUUCAUUGUUCCUCCUCAUCGUUUUCUAUGCACUUCAACCCAUCCAAAGGAGGGAAACCUGAUCUACAAGGGCACUCUGGGAAAAGCCAUCCGAGCUGUGAAGUUGUUCUCCUACAGCAGCAGCGGGUUCAGCCUUGUUGUUCUUCCUCAAGUAAUCCUGAAGACUGGUUUUGGAACAGGCACUAUGGCCUUGGAGGUGGUUUUAUGUAGCUUUGUCGGCUUCCUUACCUUCUGUGCCCCCAUUCUUCUCCAUCUCAUGACCAAAGGCUACGUGCUCAGACUGUACCAUUGCCCAGAGACAGACACGUACACUGCUGUCACUAUCAGCCUCUUCCUCACUGAGCUGAGGACCGUCUUCCAUCAGAAGCAGGUUCAGAUUCCAGGCGUCAACCGCAUGUUCACCACCUUCUAUGCGGACAAGAUGGGCCUGUUGGUGAGCCCCGAUUUCUUCAACACACCCCAAGACUACAACCACUUAAUGGGCUACGACAAACCGUUCUCCUUUAGCUCAGAUGACAUUGAGCAACCAGAGCGUUGAGCCAUAUUUGACCAAGAAGAAACAUGUUUUAUUUCUGGAUAAAAUAUAAUUGCAAUAAAAGGUUUAAUAAAAGUUGACAGACUUCAUUGGUCCUGAAGUUGCCUGUUUUUAACCUGCAAGAUAUGGCUACAUAGGUUUGUGACAAGUGGUACCAGAAUGUAUGAGAGACAAUCCACAGGCUUUUUACACGGUCUUUGACACGGUCCUUUAUGAUUGUGAAUCUUAACUAUUGGCCCCGGGUCCCAUGGUUGGUCCGCGACCGCCUACUUGAGGGCCGCUAAAAGUUUUGUUUUACACCUUUGGGCUGUGAGGGCCGCGAGACGCUCAGUUUUAAGACAUUAGCCGCACAUGGUGGCAGUAGUGUGUCACUGAAUUGACUUGACAAAUGCAAAUCUGUGAUAGUUAACAACUAUGGGCAGGUUCUUGAAAAGAAAAAAAAGUGAUGUCGCCUCCCAACACUAAAAACUGUUGAAAAGCAGGUGAAAGCACCUGUUGAAGCAGUUUUGAAAAAAUACUUUCAUUUACACUUAACUUACAUGUUCUUUGGAGUUUAAAUAAAAUACAUUAUUUUUAAUUUGUGAUAUUUAGACAUGGUUUUAUUAUAUUUAUUUUAUUGAGAAUCAGUUUAUCCAAUUUUCUUCACAGUUUGCAUCAAGUGUGUGUAUUUGUUUUCUUGAAUAUGACUUGCACCUGGUUCUACUGCUGGUUGGACCUUUCGAUGACAAAUUAAUAUCUUUGCGAUGAUUUCAUGUC